AAACACAUUCUCAAUUCUCAUAGCGUGUAAUAUGCGAUAUCGUGUGAUAUCGUGUCUCAAACGAGAGACGAAGCGAAAAGUGACAUUUAUCUUUUUUUGAAGAAGAUUGCUGGAGAUGCUGGAGAAACGAUUGCAAAAUCUUUAACAGCAACCUGUGCUGGUAUGAAUUUCAUACCAAGAGAUACAUUAUUAAUCCGUAUAGCAAGCUUCUAAACUUAAAUGCUAUGUAUUAGGUUGGAGUAAUUUAACGGGAUGUCACUUGACGAACAUAACAUUGUAUUCUUUAAUUUAUAUGUGAUUUGUGUUGAAAUGUAGUUUAAGCAGACGCAAUCGCUCGAACACAGUGAUAUCCAACAUUUUUGUGAAAGAUGGCUCUAUUGUGUAUAAAAAAAAAUUUUGUAUUUUGUACCUAAAAUCAACUUUUCCAGUUGCUAAAGAUUAUGUUAUCAGAAUAACGUGAUAAUUUAUGUCAUUAUAAAGGCAACUUGACAUUAAGAAAUCGAGAUAGGACAUCAAAAUACACGAAUAAUAAAACAUUGUAUGGAAUCUUGAAAGAAUAAAUGUAUCUGCCAGCUAAAUACAAAGCAUAUGUGCUAGUGUCAGGCUAAUGUCGAGCCUAUAUUAUAUUGGCACAAAGGAAUAUUAAAACAUUAAUAGUCAACUUUAGUCUGUGGAUUACAAAGUUUCCAAAGAUGUUUUCAUCAGGCCUUAACUGUAAUCUCUCAUUCCCCAGUUGUUUGGGUUAUCCGCAAGAUAGUGAGGAAUUGAUCCCAAAAAUGGCACGUGAGCCAAUCAUUCUUAAUGUUUACGAUAUGUAUUGGAUAAAUGAAUAUACUACACCUAUUGGUCUUGGGGUAUUUCAUUCUGGAGUGGAAAUAUAUGGAACAGAAUAUGCAUAUGGUGGUCAUGCUCAACCAAAAAGUGGCAUUUUUGAAAUCACCCCAAGAGUAGCUGAAGAAUUGGGUGAACAAUUUAGAUAUAGACAAUCUGUUCAUAUUGGAUAUACAGAUUUCACAGAAGAAGAUGUUUCAAGAAUUAUUACGGAAUUAGGGAAAGAUUUUCGAGGAGACCGUUAUCAUUUGAUGAACAAAAAUUGUAAUCACUUUAGCAGUCAGUUCACGUUGAUUUUAUGUGGACAGGAAAUACCUGGUUGGGUAAAUCGUCUGGCAUAUUUCAGUUCAUGCGUACCGUUCCUCCAACGUUGUUUGCCAAAGGAAUGGCUAACACCCGACGCUUUACAACAUUCUCUAAGUCAAAUCAGUCAUCACGAAAGUACACCACCAUCGGAUACUUCCUUGUAACAUUUGGCUAACGCUCUGGAAAUGCACGGUCUAAAAUGCCGUAGAAGUUAUACAUUUUAGAUAAUUAAACAUUGUGAAAAGUAAUGUUAAUUAGGACUGACUAUAUUGCCAAGAUUAAAAAACCUGAGAAACUAAACCGUCAAGACAAGGUACAAAUUUGAUAUUGUACACUUGAAUGCGACUGCUGACAAUUAGUACCGAAAAAAUUGCCUUUGCCGCAACAUGUUGUUUCCUAAGACGGCGAUCCACAAGGUCGCAUGUGUUCUUUGUUGAAUAAUACAGAAUAUUAAUCAAGAUAUAAUAGUUACAUAAUGAAAAUAGCUAAUUAUGCAUAAAUUGAAACCAUAUAAAUUUAACGAGCAGAAAACUCAUUUGCCAAUAAAAAAAGAAACUUGUUAUAUUAGCAAGACGUAUAUUGAAAUUUUUUUUAUAAAGAUUCUAUUAUUUCUUGUGCUUGUAAAACUAUAAAGCAGUAUGUUUUAAAGUUCUAAAAGAAUAAUGCAUGCACAUCACAGAGAUAAGUAUAUGUUAUAUAAACAUAUGUAUAUGUCUGUAUGUAUAUAUAUGUAUAUAUACAUAUAUAUAUAAGGCAUUUAUUGUAUGCAAAUGGUUUAAAUAUUUAGUGAUCUAAUUGCUUUCUACAAUUAACUUAAUAAAUCCAUACACGCACAUACUCGCACUUACACAGAUACAUAAAGACAAGCUUCCAUAUUCUUAAUACUAUAUAUAUUAUUUUUAAUCAGCUGAAUCUCCAUAUAAAUUUGAUUUUUAUCGCUUCUCUUUGAUUCGUUACUCUAGGUUGAUUGUACAAACGUAGUAUUUUUAUUCUAGAUACAUACAGCAAGCCAAAUACGAACAAAAAGUAAGAAAUUAAUUAAAAAUAGGGAAUUGCUUUCUUAAUGAGGAAAAAAUACAAAAACUUGAGUAUAAUUAAUUUAUAAGAUACAUAAACAAAAAUAUCUUUAAUGAAAUUUCAAGCAUUGGUUGUAAAUUUUUUUUUGUCAUACAAGUAAAAUUUUUAAUUUUAUUUUCUACAAAAUAUGUCGAAACAAACAAGUUAAAUAACGUCAAUGCAAUAGAGAAAGAAGAAAGACUUUUUUUAUUAAUUUGAAAUUGAUCUUUUACUAAGAAAAAUUUAAAGGUAAAAAUAAGUUUUUAAAUUAUUAAUCAACUUUCGAAGAAAUUUUUUUCUUGCAUUAUACGUCGAAAUAUAUUAUACAUGUAAUAGAAUCUCCGCCUAUAAUUCAAUAUAAUGGUUAUAACAGGGGAAAGCUUUAAUAAUAUUUUUCAUUGCUUAGAAUAAACAGUCAUAGCGUUGAUGUUAAUACAAAUAAGCUUUCGGAAAUCUUGUCUUAUGUAAUAAAAAUGUCUCGUCUUUGCAAAAUA